UUCAUACCUCCCAUUCGUGGUAUCAUACUCGGUAUUGACUAUUCCUGGACCAAAAAAUAUACAGGUACAUAUACUUUUGGGGUUUCUUUGUUCAGCAACCACUCUGCAAUGUGGAUUGCAGAUGUAGAAACUAUUAAGGAGGUUUGUAGCUCAAGGCAGCGGUUUCCGAAGGCAGUCCAAUAUUAUGAUGUUUUACUUGCUUUUGGUCCAAACAUCAUAUCUGCCACAGACAGUGACUGGAAAAGAUUCCGAAGAAUUUCAGCCACAGCAUUCUCAGAGAAAAACAACGAGCUCGUUUGGAAAUGUACCAACGACAUUCUUCAGAAAACCGUAAUCGAGCUGUGGAAGGACCAAUCAGCAACACACGUCUUGAUUCAAAAUCUCACUCAUAAGGUACGCCUCAGCAUUGCAUUUGGCAUUGAUAUUGCUGAAAUAUCCAACAAAUCUCAUUCGAUAAACUUCCAGGACACCCUCCAUAUCGUGGCUAACAAUAUGUGGGUCAAGAUAGGGUUCCCUAGGUGGGUUUUGGAGAACCAUCCCCGGUACUGUGCAAUUAACAAAGCAUUCAAUGACAUGAAUAUCUAUAUGACAGACAUGAUAUCAAAGAAGCAAUAUAACAAGACAGAACUUAGCAAUGAUCUCUUUGCAUUGCUUUUAGCAUGCAACCAAGAUUCUGAAAUAGACGCCCAAAAUUUACUUACAGAUGCAGAACUACGAGGAAAUAUGUUCAUCUUCCUCUUGGCUGGGCAUGAGGGCAGUGCGCACACAUUGAGCUUCCUGUUCACCCUACUGUCUUUGCAUCAAGAUAUACAAGAGGAGCUUUUUCAAGAAAUCGAGACCGUUGUUGGCUCUAGGGAAUUUUCAUACCACCACAUAUCUGAAGUGCCACUUGCCAUGGCAAUUCUAUAUGAGACACUACGGCUCUAUCCACCUGUAAAUGUUAUUCCAAAGUGCAGUAUGGCGGAUACAGUUGUCACAGUAACCAGUAGUAAUGGAUCUCGCCACCCUGUUCCCGUACCCAAAGGCACAGAUGUAUACAUUGAUAUAGUUGGGCUACACUAUAACUCCCACUAUUGGGUCCAACCAGAUACCUUUGCUCCGAAACGGUUUCUUGGAGACUGGUCUCGGGAUGCCUUUCUUCCAUAUGGCUUAGGUAUGGUCCGUGCCUGUUUGGGCAGAAGGUUCUUCGAAAUCGAAGCACUGACCACAAUGAUAUUAAUCAUCAAGAACUAUCGAGUGGUUGGGAGCGAGAAGCAUAGGCCCUCUUCUUUGAAUAUUACAGGGAUACAUGCUAAAAAUAUACUAACCCUAGCGUGA